CUUCGUCGUCGUGUUGCGGUUGUUUCAUCCAUUGACUGUUGAUCGUACUCUUUGGUUCAUUUUUCUGUUUGUGUGUCCAGCACAUUGACAUUGAUGGACCAUCCCGCGCAUUGCAACCGCAUGUGUUUUGCUCGAGUCGAAAUCGAGUGUGGUGUAUCUAAAUCAGCCAAAAACCGGCAUUGACCGUUACCAAACAAGUGCCUUAUAAGCAGUUGCAUUUCCAUGUCUAUUCAGUAACUCUCUUGAUCACAAUGCCCAUCCAAGUCCGUCCGCUGCAGAAAGAGGAUAUCCCCGAGGUCGUCGAGUGCAUCCAGCAGGGCUUCGCUGACGACCCCUAUUUCCGCUGGGUGUUUAACGCUGAACAGUUCAAUAAACAGAGAAACUCAAGCUCGCUCACAGCCCGCUGUCUGUGGGGGAUCAACAAUGCCUUGUUCUACGUUGCUCAAGAGGUUGAUGUUGCCUCGACAACCCCGUCCCCAGUGCUAGGCGUCUCGUGCUGGCUUGCUCCGCAACCAGCCUCCCAGCCUGAAUCCUGGUACACCUGGUCGCAAUCCCUGCUCCUAUCAUUUCGGCAAUUCCUCACGAAUCUCCGCUACCUCGGCCGCGGCGGCCUGAUCACGAAACGCUACUGGAUCUGGAAAGCGCAACAGGGAGCCGCGCAGACUGAGUUGUGGACGGAUAAGGAGCGGGGCUAUUAUUUCUGUAACAUCGUGACAGUUAGACCGGAGGCGCAGGGCAAGGGGAUUGGGCGGAAGUUGUUUGAGGUGGUCACCGAUCGUGCUGAUAAAGAAGGCGUCAAGUGCUACCUCGAGAGCUCUAAGGAUGAGCCGAAUGUGAAGAUUUAUGAGAAGAUGGGGUUUGAGAUGGUCAAGACGAUGGAGUGUGAGGAUGGAGGGGAGGUAUGCCAGUUGUUUUGCAUGGUUCGACAGCCAAAGACUGAUAAGAUCUAGCUUUGUAUGGAGUUCAUUUCGGGUUUGCCAUGGUUCGCUGCAUUGUUAUUUCGGGAGUAUCAACUGAUGUCAAGAUUGUCAAUACAUAGUAGAAUGUCGAUAUCGAUAAAUUAAAUAUAUCAAGUAUUUGAAUA